UAGAGGGACUUUGGCUUAGUGCGCUACACUGUUUGUCCCGUCCGGUGUGCCGUACGUGGCCUCGUUCUCGUUGUCAGUCGCUCCUGUAGUGAAGAUGGCGGAAGCUCCCGCGCGGCCCAGCCGGUUCUUCUGUCACCGCUGCUCGGAAGAAAUCAGCCCGCGCCUCCCGGAUUACAUCUGUCCGCGGUGUGAGUCUGGCUUCAUUGAGGAGUUACCUGAAGAGGGAAGAGCAGAGAAUGGGUCCACAUCUACAGCUUCUAAUGAUCAGAACCAUCCCGCAUUUGAGAAUGUGGACCAGCAUUUGUUUACGUUUCCACAUGGUUACGGGCAGUUCGCUCUGGGGAUCUUUGAUGAGGGCUUUGACUUCAGGGCGGGUUUGCCCAUGGAGGAUAACCGUGACGCAGAGAACCGCAGAGAACAGGAAAUUGCCUCGCGGCAACGGUACGGGGCGAGACAGCCGCGAGGACGCCACAUUCCCCGAAGACAAGGGGCACGGCAUGAGGGUGUGCCAACCUUAGAGGGAAUAAUUCAGCAGUUAGUUAACGGAAUCAUCGCUCCGACAGCUAUGCCAAACAUGGGAAUUGGGCCAUGGGGAAUGCUGCAUUCAAACCCAAUGGACUAUGCAUGGGGUGCUAAUGGAUUAGACGCCAUCAUAACACAGUUAUUAAAUCAGUUUGAAAAUACGGGUCCCCCUCCAGCAGACAAAGAGAAGAUCAAGAGUCUCCCGACAGUCCAGAUCACAGAGGAGCACGUGGGUGCCGGUCUGGAGUGUCCUGUUUGUAAAGAAGACUACAGCUCAGGAGAGAACGUUAGACAGCUUCCCUGCAAUCAUCUCUUUCAUAAUGACUGUAUAGUUCCCUGGCUCGAGCAGCAUGACACGUGUCCAGUGUGCAGGAAGAGUUUGAGUGGGCAGAACACAGCCACAGAUCCACCUGGCCUAUCAGGGAUGAAUUUCUCCCCCUCGUCCUCCUCCUCUUCCUCCUCCAGCUCUCCAAACAACGAGAACGCCACCAACAACUCGUAAGACCUCAGCGCACAUCCAGAUCACAUGAACACAACAUCAUCUCAGCUCGACAGUGCUGGCCUGGCCAACAAACCACACCUUUACCUUCCACUGAUAACGAGGCCGAGCGGCACUGAACUGAGAACGUGUGGAACCAGGGUUGCAGAUAAACCUCUGAACCCGAACAUCACUAAUAUGCAUUUUACAAGCCCUGGAACGGCGGAAACAAAGAGGACAACCAAAACACAGAAGAGAAAAUACACUCUUAUAUUCCUUCUAACAGCAUUUUGUUUCUUUUUUUAAAAACUGUUGAACUCAAGAACGAUCAUUCCUCAAGAAUUCAGUGCACACAGCUGGCGGACAGCAGCACCUGUCCACGUGAUGUGGUUUUAAUCAGCAGAACGCACAAGAAAAGCGAGACCAAGAGGAAGAGGAGGUUGCGUGAUGCGGAUGACAGUGACAGAUACGAAGACUCAUGGAGUUGAACUGCAUUUUACAAGCAGAUUUUGUGUCUCAGAAGAGAGGCGCAUUAAAAAUAAGAACCUUUUCUUUUUAUCAUUUGAUUUUUAUUUUACAGAUAAAAGUGGCUAAUGUGAACCUGCAUAUGAGUGAAUUUCACGAAACCAGUCAAGAACAGGUCAAAUUUCACCCCAAAAUCAAAAGAAAGGAAUACAAAAUUAUAUUUAGCUUGAAGAAUAUGAAGGCAAUUUUUAAGAACAUUAAGAUGAUUUUCAUGACAAUAUAGCACAUUUACACAAAUUUACAAAUUCCAUUACCGUAAAAGAAUCAUGCACAUUAAUGAUUAUUAUUACAAAAUGUAUACUUUGUGGAAGUAUUUGUUGUAAUGCCGUUAAAGGGAUAGUUCACCCAAACAUGACAGCUCUGUAAGUCCUCACAAUACAGCUGAAUGGUGACCAGAACUUUGAAGCUCCAAAAAGCACAUAAAGUUAGCAUAAAAUAACCCAUACGGCUCCAGUUGUUAAAUGCAUAUCUUCAGAAGCGAGAUAAGUGGGUGAGAAACAAAUCAAUAUUUAAGUCCUUUUUUACUUUCAAUCUCCAUUUUCGCUUGAAUUUCGUUCUUCUAAUUCUAACUUCUUUAAUUCUUUUGUUUUUGCCGAUUCGCAUUCUCCAUGCAUGUCGCCACCUACUGGGCAGGAAGCAGAAUUUAUAGUAAAAAGGACUUGCAUAUUGAUCUGUUUCUCUACCACACCUAUCAUAUCGCUUCUGAAGAUAUAGAUUUAAACACUGGAGUCUUAUGAAUCACUUUUAUGCAGCCUUUAUGUCCUUUUUGGAGCUUCAAAGAUUUGGUACCCAUUCACUUGCAUUGUAUGGACCUACAGAGCUGAGAUAUUCUUCUAAAUAUCUUUGUUUGUAUUCAGCCGAAGGAAGAAAGUCAUACACAUCUGAGAUGGCAUGAGGGUGAGUAAAUGAAAGAAUUUUCAUUUUUGGGUGAACUAUCCCUUUAUGCUUAUUUAAAUAAAAUUGUAUUACAGUUUUCUAUUUCUACUGUUGUACAAUAAGUACUGUAUCACAGUAACAAGUAUCGCCAUUGAGAACAAAGGGAAACUUAAAAGCAAAAUGCAUUACGGUAAUUAGAUUUGUAUUUAUGUUACAAUUAAAAAUGUGUUUAGUUGUCAAACAAAGUGCUCUAAAUAGGCUUCAUUUUCUUUAUGCCAAAAAUAACAAAUACAUUUUUUUUUUUUUUUUUGUUGUUAGGUUUGGGUUUGAUUUUGGUGAAAUGUGACCUGGACAUGUCAUAUUUAUUGAAAAACAUAAAAAAGAAAAAAAGAAUUGCAUAAUUUUGUGUAAAGCCAACUAAUCCAAUAAUAUCUUACCGAGGAAAACACUGACUGUACUGUUGGUUUCUCUCCCCAAUAUUCAUUUGCACUGUAUUCAUUUUUUUUUUCACAAAGGUUAUUAGAUCAUUGAGCAAACUGAAAUAUGUGAAUGACUUUGGCAACAUUUGAUAUGAUUUUUUUUUUUUACAUCUAGUGUCAUCCUUACAACUUUUGUCACAGAGGAAACCCUGCAUGUUUGGACUUCUUUACAAACACCACCCAAUAACACAAUCUCUGUUUCUUUCUUUUUUUUAAUCUCUCUCGUCCACACUCAUUCAGUGACUUUCAGUUCAAGGUGGCUUAUUAUUUUAACUUAUUUUAAGUUAAAUGAUUUGUUUUUGUAAAUCAUAAUAAAAUCAGAUGAAUGUACCCUGCUGAUGAUGAAAUGUUUUAUCAAAA